ACGCUGUUCCACUAAUAUUAUACACCAUCAAAUUUGACUAGUUACAUAUAGCCCAUCUCCAUUCACUCCCUCCCCUCACACUACACACACACACACACACACACUCUCUCUCUCUCUCUCUCUCUCUCUCUCUCUCUCUCUCUCUCUCUCUCUCUCAAAAACAAUGGAGGAGCAGAACCCAAAAACACAACUCACCACCUCCACUCCUCCGCAAAGUUCUGCCCCAUCCAUGGCCAGCUUGGAUAUUAAGCCCCGGCGAAACAACUACGCACUCGCCUGCGCCAUGCUCGCCUCCAUGACCUGGAUCCUCGGCGGCUACGACAUCGCGGUGAUGAGCGGGGCGCAGCUCUUCAUUAAGAAGGACCUGAAGGUGACGGACACGCAGAUCGAGAUCCUGGCGGGGGUCAUCAACCUGUACUCGCUGCUGGGGUCGCUGGCGGGCGGGCGCACCUCGGACUGGAUCGGGCGGCGCUACACCAUCGUGCUGGCGGCCGCCAUCUUCUUCGCGGGGGCGCUGACGAUGGGCCUCGCCUCGGGCUACGCCGUGCUGAUGGUCGGCCGGUUCGUGGCGGGGGUCGGGGUCGGCUUCUCGGCCGUGAUCGCGCCCGUGUACACGGCCGAGCUCUCGCCCGCGGCGUCCCGCGGCACACUCACGUCCGUCCCGGAGGUGUCGGCCAACUUCGGCGUCCUCCUCGGGUACGUGGCCAACUUCGCCUUCGCGAAGCUGCCCCUCCGCCUCGGCUGGCGCGCCAUGUUCCUCGCAGGCGCCGUCCCGCCCGUCUUCCUCGCCGCCGCGGUGCUCGCCAUGCCGGAGUCCCCCCGCUGGCUCGUCAUGCAGGGCCGCCUGGACGACGCGCGCCGCGUGCUCACCAGGACCACCGGCGGCCCCGACGAGGCCGAGCUCCGCUUACAGGUGCGUCCAUCCAUGUGAAACAACCGUUCAUCUUUAAUAAAUUUAUUUAUUUAUUUAUUUAUUUGUAAUCAGGCAGUGUUUGUUUUCUAAAAGAAGGGUAAAAAUUUCUUUUUUGAAAAAAAAUUAUUUUCUAAAUAUUUUCUGAAGUAAAAAAAGAAAAGAAAAGAAAAGAAAAAAAAAAAAACAA